CGAUCUUCUACUAUCCUCUAUCCCAUCGCCAACCCCCAAACCAAGGCCAACAACCACAACUCACCCACCCAUCCUAUUCGACCUCCAGACCUCGUCAAGAACAAGAGCGCAGACUGGACUAAGUCCACGUCGGUGCCAGGCCGCACCACACCCACACACCGAACACCACACACACUGCCUUUCCCCAAAGGCGAUCACAAAAUGCCCGACUCCCCACCACCACUACCACCGUCCACUUCCCGCCGCUCCCGCUCUCGUUCCCCACCCCGUCAGCCCAAGAAAAUCUCCACCGGCGGUUUCCGAUGGAAGGAAAAGCGUUCCGAGCGCGGGGGGGACCGCGAGGGGGGCGGGGGCGGCGAGGACGCCCGACGGCUGGAUCGGGGGUAUCGCGCGCGGUCGCCGCGGCGGGACUACGAUUCCCGGAAUCGGCGGGAUUACUCGAGUCGCGAUGGACGCGAUGCGAGAGAUCGCGAUCGUGAUCGGGGGUACCGCGAUCGAGAGAGGGAUUAUCCCCGCGACCGCGACCGCCGCGACAGCUACCAGCCCCGGGAUAGGGACAGGGAUAGGGACGACCGGAACCGGGAUAGUUACAACCCCCGCGACCGCGACCGACCCGACAAGCCCACUUCGACCUCCACCGACGAUCCCGCGAAGAAAGAGAAGAAGGAGAAGAAGAAGAAACGGCCGGCCAUCCCCUCCGAGCCGAUGAUCCUGGUGCAUGUCAAUGACCGGCUGGGCACGAAGGCCACGGUGCCCUGCUUGCCCUCGGAUACGGUGGGGGAUCUGAAGACGCUGGUGGCGGCGCAGAUUGGCCGGGCGCCGCGCGAGAUUCUGCUGAAGCGGCAGGGGGAGCGGCCGUUCAAGGAUUUUAUCAGCUUGGGGGAUUACGGGAUUACGAAUGGGGUGCAGUUGGAUUUGGAGAUUGGGACGGGGGAUUAGAUCCCUUCGGGGGUGUUGUUGCAUGUACCUAUUAUGUCGGUUCUCGGUGGUGGACAGACAGGCUAGAGGAUAAUCUGAUGUGCUUCGGGGGUCAGGAUCGCCUGCAUGUCGCCCUUGCGGAGAUCUUCCAGCUUGUCCUGUAACUGUAGCUGACCCUGUGCCUGCCGCCACUCCCCCAACCACCCGCCGAC